AUGGAGAUCUCAAUUGGCCGGAGGCGAGAAAAGUUUAGAAACGCCGGUAAUCGAAACAUGUUGAACAGCUUGAGUUGGACCCCGGUUAUGGUCGACCGACCGCGUCACGACUGCGAUAUUCUUGAGCAUCUCGAGCCGCCCCUGCGAAACGCUGUGCUCAACAACCUCGUCCAGUGCUCUCAUAGGCUUUGGGUCCAGCUUGACAGCACCCUUUACCGGCGAGAUGCUCUCAACGGCUUGUCCGUACUCUGGGCGUCAGCGCGAGGCGAUGCCGCUGCUCUCCGAAAGGCCAUCCGCCACGGCGUUCCCGUCGACGUGCAAUGGCCACGGAAGUGGAGGAGUCCCUGGAAGGAAUCCUCCUGCCUGGAAAAGUGGCGUGCUUUCGCGCAUAAGGUCAAGGGUUACACGGCGCUGCAAGUCGCUGCUGUACUUGGCCACACCCAUCUGAUUGAGAUACUUGUCCGUGCCGGCGCCGACAUCAACGCCGUCACCGUCUGCUGCUGGCGCUGUGAAUCCGGAGCGGAAACGGAUACGAUUACCGACAUCGCGCCCAGAACAGCGAGAAAGACACCGCUCCACUUGGCUAUUUGCCAUCGCAAUUGGAACACGGCCGAAGCUAUCGUACGCCACGGAUCCUCUCUUGUGGUGGACGGCCCCGAUGGCCCAGAAGAUGUACUCGAGUGGGCCGACUCCGACGGAGCCAACAUCCGCAACUGGACGGCCCUACACGAUCUGAGCCGCCACUGGACGCCCGGCAACGAAGCCGGCGACUUUGCCGAGUGGUUGGUGGCACCGGGUCUUAUCGACAUCAACGCGCCGACAGACCGAGGCAUGACGCCCUUGGCGACGGCGUGCACUGCCGGCCAGUUCAAAUUAGCCCACCGGCUGCUGUCUCUGGGGGCGAACUGCAACACCAGCGUGCCGACCCGGCCUACAGAGACCCUGGUCCACAUCGCGCUUAGAGCCUGCAACGAUAUGGGCAUGCAGCGGUUGGCGGUCAACACCGGCGACGACGAGUACUCGCUUUACCUUGUGGGACGAGACGAGGCGUUCGACAUGCUGCCAGAGCUAGUCCAGCGGCUGGUGGACAAGGGUGUGGCCGUCAACGCGACAGACGCAACCCACCAGACGGCGCUUCAUGUCGCCGCAACCUUUGGCGAGCUCGGCAUCGUUGAGCUCCUGCUGAGAAACGGAGCGGACCCGGCGUUGCAGGAUAUCGACGGCGCUCGGCCCUUGGACUUGGAAAAAAGUCGGAGCCCACUUCUGACGCAUGGCCGCUGGUCUAGACGUCCUGGCUGCGGGCCUUUUCCGUCCUCCGCCACCGGCGACAACACCGGAUUUGUGACAACACGGGAUCAUUCACUGCUCACCGCGACUCAGGCGGCACGCGUGUUUGGCCCCGAUGUCUUGUCGCCCACGGAUCAGGCCGGCAGAAUGUUCUUUGAGCUAAGCGAGAUCCAUACACCGCAUACUGCGUGCAAACUGCGUUUCCAGUGCUGGUUGGUCAUCGACAGCCAGAACCCGACUCUUGAGCAUGUCCCCCACAUCGCUUCGACCUACUGGGGCGGAAAUCCCUUGCUCGGAAUCUCCCUCAGUGGGCUAUCCGCCGUGUUCUGGGCCGUCAAAGGAAGGCCCCGAGUCAUUUUGAAGUUGAAGACGUACGACUACCACUUCAAGGCUCGGCGGAAGCACCUUGUGAGAGUGGAGUUUCGGAUGAACCACAGCAGGACCCAGUUCUUGCAGUUUGUCCUCCCGUUUGUCCUCACCAUAGAGGAAAAGUCUAGAGUUUGCCUUGCCGAUCAGAAGCACGCGAUUGGCGAUAUUGUUGGGGGUGGACGAGUUGACGCCGACCAUGACGUUUGCGACCUUCUGGACAGCGAUAGAGAACCUGGUAACUUCGUUCUGCUCGAGGCACAUUGGGACGAACUGGACGUCAUGGGCCUUGCCAACCAGCUUGACGAUGACUGUAGGACACUGACGAAGAGGUUAGCUUUGCCCGGCAUGCGAUUCACGUCUAUCAAGGUGGUGGGGCGGGGAUUUGGUUGUAUCCUACGUCCUUUCCUUGGCGACCUGUGGCACGUCGUCUUUGACUUUGAAGAACUCCAGGAGAGCGACCCAGUCGCAAGCCGCGUUCCAGGCGAUAAGCGUAGAAUUUAUCUUUCGUAG